UGGCGUAGAUUGUGAAUGGCAAACGUUUUGGGAGCAGUGUUUAGCUCUGUUGUUGCGUGAAAAAAUAAAUAAUUGCUCUUGUUUGUGCAAUUUGCAUAUGUAAAAGCAGUUAAAACGCAUAUUUAAAACACUCAAGAUGAUGCUUUUCAUGCUGCUAUUCAGCCGACAGGGAAAACUGCGUUUGCAGAAAUGGUAUAUGGCCUAUCCCGAUAAGGUGAAGAAGAAGAUAACUAGAGAAUUGGUCACCACGAUAUUGGCACGGAAGCCAAAAAUGUGCUCCUUUCUAGAGUGGAAGGAUUGUAAAAUCGUCUAUAAGCGUUAUGCCAGUUUGUAUUUCUGUUGCGCCAUCGAGCAGAAUGACAACGAGUUGCUCACUUUGGAAAUUAUCCAUCGAUAUGUCGAAUUGCUGGACAAGUAUUUUGGCAGUGUCUGCGAAUUGGAUAUUAUAUUCAAUUUCGAGAAAGCCUAUUUCAUAUUAGAUGAGCUGCUGAUUGGUGGCGAAAUUCAAGAGACAUCCAAGAAAAACGUACUUAAAGCGAUUGCCUCACAGGAUCUGCUACAAGAGGAUGAAGCUGUUGAGGGCACUUUAAGAGACAUUGGACUACUCUAAAGAGAAAUUCUGUAGACAUUAUGUUGUAGUUGAUAUUACACCCAAGCAAAAACACCCAACACUACGCACAGCAAACACCACAAACACACACACACACACGCAUAGCUAAAUACCUGUUACCAACACCGACUCCUCCAACUCCAACACCACCACCAACACCAACACCUAUACCUAAACCUACACCUACUCCAAUAUUUUGACACUGACCAAUACUGAGCAGCUCGGCAAAUGUGUGUGCGGGUGUUGUAAAGCACGUAAAAGUGGCUCCUAAAUCAAAAAAGAAAAGCAAAGAACCAACAGAUCUUCCAUAGCGAGGCUAAAACUCUAUGCAAUAACUAAUUUCAUUUUCUCAUACAUAUAUAUCUAGAUAUAUAUAUCUAUUAUAUACUUUGCAUCCUCGGCACGGUUUUUCAUUUUUGUUUCAGUUAUUUUGAAAAUCCAUUGCAAAGCAAAGUUCAUGCAAAUCGCUAAUACCCUGACAUUUCUUUUCAUACUAUGUAGAAGAGAUCCUUUUUAUUGAAUUAACUUUAUAUAUAAAUCUAUAUACUAUUUAAAUCAUUCCAAGACCAUCAAAUGAAAAAGCAAUGCAGUUAAAAAUUGGGCAAUAAUUAUUUUUAGAAGGGAUAUAAAUGCAAUAUUACAGUUAUAGUAACAAAAGUAAAUGCAAAAACACAAGAGAAAAAAAAAACUAAGCUUUAAUAUUGAAUGAAUAUGGAAAACAAUGUAAUAACCUAUUUAGUAAAUUAGUAAAAAAGAAAAAAACAAAAAAGCAAUCGAUAAACUAUAGUUUAUAUAUAUCUACAAAAUUAUAGAUAUAUUUGUAUUUGUAUGUACCUAUAUAUAUGUAUAUGUAUGUGUGUUGUACAUUUUAGCCAAAUUUCUGUGUUUUGUAAUCCAAACAAAAAAAAAAAAAAGAAUAAAAACCAAGUAUUUCUCAAA